GGGUAAAGUUCUUUUUUCUUUUUCUUUUUCCAAUAAUAAAAUUGUCGUAGUUCUCUCUCUCUCUCUCUCUCUCUCUCUCUCUCUGUGUGUGUGUAUUUCUAUAAAAUACUCCUAACCAACUACCCAACGGAGUAGCAGACAGAGGAAAAAUGGGUUCCAAAUCUCUCUUCUUCUUUGCCAUCUUAUCCAUCUCACUAGCAUUCUCUCUCCCACCUGCAUUUGCAGAAAAUGAGGAAAUCACUGGAACUGACCCAGGUCUGGUCAUGAACUUCUACAAAGAUUCAUGCCCCCAGGCUGAGGAUAUAAUCAAAGAACAAGUCAAGCUCCUUUAUAAGCGCCACAAGAACACUGCAUUCUCUUGGCUAAGGAACAUCUUCCAUGACUGUGCUGUUCAGUCAUGUGAUGCUUCACUACUUCUAGACUCAACAAGGAGGAGCUUGUCUGAGAAGGAGACAGACAGGAGCUUUGGGCUGCGGAACUUUAGGUAUCUUGACACCAUCAAAGAAGCUGUGGAGAGAGAGUGCCCUGGAGUUGUUUCUUGCUCAGAUAUCCUUGUCUUGUCUGCUAGAGAUGGCAUUGUUUCGCUUGGAGGCCCUUACAUCCCACUCAAGACUGGAAGAAGGGAUGGUAGAAAAAGCAGAGCAGAAAUUCUUGAGGAAUACCUUCCAGACCACAAUGAGAGCAUGUCUGUUGUCCUUGACAGGUUUUCUGCCAUUGGAAUCAACACUCCUGGAGUUGUUGCCUUGCUAGGUGCUCACAGUGUGGGUAGAACCCACUGUGUCAAACUGGUUCACAGACUGUACCCAGAGGUGGACCCUGAGCUCAACCCUGACCAUGUUGAGCACAUGCUCCACAAGUGUCCCGACGCAAUACCCGACCCGAAAGCAGUCCAGUACGUGAGAAAUGACCGGGGUACCCCCAUGGUGCUAGACAACAACUACUACAGAAACAUACUGGACAACAAGGGCUUGUUGAUAGUGGACCACCAGCUAGCCGCAGACAAGAGGACUAAGCCCUAUGUGAAGAAAAUGGCCAAGAGCCAAGACUACUUCUUCAAGGAGUUUGGUAGAGCCAUCACCAUCCUGUCUGAGAACAACCCUCUCACUGGCACCAAGGGUGAGAUCAGAAAGCAGUGCAGUGUUGUCAACAAGCAUAACUAAGCUGUAAGAGAGAGAGAGAGAGAGAG